AUGGAGAUGUUGCUGCUGCUGUUUCUCCGGGCCAUGGCUGACUGUAUCUGCUUAGUCAGCACGCGGACACCCGAUGCGGCUAGCGCAGCACUAACCGAGUGCCAAGACUGCAAUCCACACAGAACACCCGAUAAUGCAAACCGGUUAAACUCAACGGAGUAUCUAUCAAAGAGAAAAGAUCGCUGCUCCUCCGAUCCUCAACCACAACCCCCUCAACCUCAAGUGCCUUUCAUCACCUUACCGAACCUCGUUGUUCAGGUCGUGAUUGGCUCCAGCCUCAACUUCCACAACAUGUCUUUCCAGAAGCCCGAGAAGGAGUUCGGCGAGGGCCCGAAAAUCCACAAGAUCCGUAUCACCCUCAGCUCCCGCAAGGUCGCUUCCCUUGAGAAGGUCUGCCAGGAGCUGAUUGAGCGCGCGCGCUCCAAGUCGCUCCACGUCAAGGGCCCUGUCCGCCUGCCCACCAAGCACCUGAAGAUCUCCACCCGGAAGACGCCCUGUGGUGAGGGUUCCAAGACCUGGGACAAGUACGAGAUGCGCAUCCACAAGCGUCUGAUUGACCUUCACGCCCCCACCGAGACCGUCAAGCAGAUCAUCAUCAACAUUGAGGCUGGUGUUGAGGUUGAGGUUACCAUUGCUGCUUAA